GCGGCCGGCGAGCGAUCGAGCGAGCAAAACCAGCCAGGGAAUACGCAUCAAACAAGGGGCUUGUUAGCUUUUGCUCAAAGCUCGCUCGCUCGCUUUGCUAGCUUCGCGGACCAGACGAUUCAAACACCGGGCGAGCUGACUCGCAUCGAAUUGAUUAUCGACAUGGACGCCGCCGGCGACGCCAUGGAGAGUGGACAGCGCGCGCCGCUCCUGCCCGAGAGUCACGGGCUCCAAGACGAUAGCCUGCAAGUGCCACUCCUCAAGGACAAGAAACGCAGCGGCAGCAAGGCACCUGCAAUAGUUCUAGGGUUCGAAUGCCUGGAGAGCACGGCGUUCAAUGGCAUCUCGACGAACCUGGUGGUGUACCUGGAGACCGUCCUCCAUGGCAGCAACCUGGCCAGCGCGUCCAGCGUCACGACGUGGUACGGGACGAGCUACCUCACCCCGAUCUUCGGCGCCAUCGUCGCCGACACGUUCCUCGGCAACUACAACACCAUCCUCAUCUCGCUCGCCGUCUACCUCCUCGGGAUGAUGCUGGUCACGCUGUCGGCGUUCCUGCCGACCACGGCGGCGCUGUGCGCCGCGGGAGCGUCGUGCGGCGCCGGCGCCGCGGGCGCGCAGACCGUCGCGUUCAUCGGGCUGUACCUCGUGGCGAUCGGGAGCGGCGGGGUGCGGUCGUCGCUGCUGCCGUUCGGGGCCGAGCAGUUCGACGACGACGACGCGGCGGACAGGGAGCGCAAGGCGGCCUUCUUCAGCUGGUUCUACCUCUGCGUCGAUUUCGGCCUGGUCGUCUCCGGCGUGUUCCUCGUCUGGAUCCAGCAGAACGUCAGCUGGGGCCUCGGCUUCGGCAUCCCCACCGCGUGCAUCGCGCUCGCCUUCGCCGCCUUCGUGCUCUCCACGCCCAUGUACAAGCGCCGCGUGCCGACGGGCACCCCGCUCAAGAGCCUCGGCCAGGUCGUCGUCGCCGCCUUCCGGAAGGCCGGCAUGAAGCUGCCCAACGACGCCGAGCUUCUCUACGAGGUCAGCGACAAGAUCGACUCGCAGCCCAAGAUCGCGCACACCAGCGAGUUCAGGUUUCUUGACAAGGCGGCCGUCGUCUCGGAGUCGGACCUGGAGGAGACACCGGAGGCGGCGAGCUCGUGGAAGCUCUGCACCGUGACGCAGGUGGAGGAGCUCAAGAUCCUGCUGCGGCUGCUGCCCAUCUGGGCGACCAGCAUCAUCAUGUCCUCGGCCUACUCGCAGAUGAACACCACCUUCAUCCAGCAGGGCAGCGCCAUGGACAUGAACAUCUUCUCGGUGCCAGUGCCGGCGGCAUCGCUGAGCUCCUUCCAGGUGCUCUGCGUCCUGAUCUGGGUGCUCCUAUACAGCAAGGUGAUCGUGCCGGCGCUGAGGGGGUUCUCCUCCGGGGCCGCAGGUGAGCCGUCGCAGCUGCAGCGCAUGGGCGCCGGGCGCCUCAUCAUGGCGGUCGCCAUGGCUGCCGCCGCGCUCGUGGAGAUGAAGCGGCUCAGCGGCGCGGCGAGCGGCGAGACGAUCAACAUCGCGUGGCAGCUGCCGCAGUACUUCCUCCUCGCGGGCGCGGAGGUGUUCUGCUACAUCGCGCAGCUGGAGUUCUUCUUCGGCGAGGCGCCGGACACCAUGAAGAGCACGUGCACGUCGCUCGCGCUGCUCACCAUCGCGCUGGGGAGCUACCUGAGCUCCCUCAUCUACGCCGUCGUGGAGGCGUUCACGGCGACGGCGGGAAGCCCCGGGUGGAUCGCCGACGACCUCAACCAGGGCCACCUCGACUACUUCUUCUGGAUGAUGGCGGCAAUGUGCACGCUCAACUUCGUCGUGUACAGCGGGUUCGCCAAGAACUACAAGCUCAAGACCGUGCUGUCGUGAGUCGCCAUUGCUAGCCUUGCAACAGCUUCUCGUCAACACACGAAGAAUCGAUUACAUUUUUGCACAAUUGUCAAUUGGCGAUUGGUGAAGGGUAGUACAGAAUACAGACACAGGAAACAUAUUCAUUAGGAAAAAAAUUAGCGCAGGAUUUUUUUUCUUUUUUUUGACGAAAAAAUGUUGCACAGAUCCUUUGGCAUGUCAGCAACACUUUGUUGUUAGAUGAUCACUUCCUGUUGAAAGACUAGGAUAUGAUUCACAAUGCGCCUUUUUCACAUGUAACUCGUUCCAAGGAAAAACGUACUUCAUUCAAAAAAUACUACUCUU